AUGAUCCAUCUUCUUGACACAUUUCCUGCGGACGCAAUGAUCGCUCAUGAAACCAUUCAAUCCAUCAUGACUCGCAUGGAAACCUCCAACACCAAUCAACCCAUUCGCAACGUUCUUCAAUUAUCCCAUCAACAUCAUGUCUUGUUAAUCUUUCGAAGAUUUGUGUCUUUUGGUGGAUGUUCGUUUUGUAACAGACGCACGAUGGAGCUUCUUGAAUUUUAUCGUUCUUUGACUCAGUUGAAUAUUUUACCUGUGGUGGUCUAUCCUGAAUCGAAAGAGAAGGGAGAGAAGUUCUUUAAUGGUUUAGAUGUUCCUGAGCUGGUUCAAAUUCCUCGAGUGGCUGAUCCAGACAGUGAAUUUACCUCUGCUUUUCAAGUCAACACCAGUCCCUACUCCAAGAAGGAUUAUCUCACCUAUCUGUUGCCUCAAUUACUACUCGCAAAGAAGGAUGGUUUUUCUCAGAGGGAAUUACUUCUUCAACGAUCGCACUAUGAAGGUAAAAGUUUGGACAUUCGACCUACCUUGUUUUUAUUGAGAGAAGGAAGAGUGGUGUUUGAAUGGAGAUUGAAUUAUGCCGAUCAUUGUACAGAAAUUAUUCAUGAUCUCAUCUUGUUGAUCAAAGUGAAUAAUGGAGUGAGUGAAAGGAUUUUGAGAGAAGAGGAGGAGGAGGAACAUGAGAAGUCGUCAUCCUCCUCUCUCACAAACUCGAUGACACCACAACAGUACUCUCAACGAUCGUCAUCAUCUCAACAAGACUUGAUUGAAGUCCGUGUCCAAGAAAGACCAGCCAUGAAUGAAUCUUCAAUAGAGAGUAGAGAAGAAACACCUCAAACGACAUUCAAUGAGGGGGUUGUGGUCAUUCCCAAUCCCAAUGUGGACAUUUCACAACAUAAAGAGACUCCAGAAAGCAUGGGUGGUUCUUCUGCUCCAGAGGUUGAGCUGAAUCCUUCCACUCCAGAAGAAUUGUCUUCUCAAAUCCUGGAUGAAAGUUUACAAAAUGAUUCUCCACACAUAACAACUGAACAAGCCAUAAUUCCUUCUUCCAUGAUCGAUCCAUCCCCAUUCGUGCAUAGUGAAUUCAUUGCCAUCACUAAGGACGUUCCCAAGUAUCGAAGAAUUCCAUCCUCUCCUCUCGUUCAAGUCAUUUCUUCAGAAAUGAAAGAACAAGAACAAUCUGAAAGAACAAAACGAGCCAAACGAAUAUUGGAACGACAAAGACGACAUGAGGUUUCAACUAGUUCGAAUGAAAGAUCAAGAACAAUUCGAAUUUCAUGUAUUUGUUCCUUUGAUUCGGUGGAGAUGGACGCCUCCAUUGACUUGAGAAGUGUGUUGAAUGAUUCCAAAAAGAGAAGGUAUUUCAAAUUGUUUUCACACUAUGAAUACAAUGCAGAGAACUUGUUGUUUUGGGAGGAAGUUCACGUCUAUUACAAACCCAAUGCUUACAUUUCCAAAUAUGGAAAGGCCAAGAAGCUUGCACAUUCCAUUGGUCAACAAUUUCUCUUCGAUUCUUCCUCCGUCCUAUUCAUCAACACCAACGACAAAUUGCGAGAAGAAGUGAGAACUCAAAUGAAGCGUUUAUUUAAAUACCACAACACUCAUGAAGUGAAACAUUUAUCCUCGGAAGAACAAGUCCAAUUCAAUGCACUCGCUCCCUUACUCUUUGACAGUAUUCUCAAUGAAAUGAUGACCCAAGUCUUGCCCGACAUGUUUGUUCGUUUCAAAGUGAGUCCAUUAUUCAACGAAAUGGAACAUAAAACCAAUCUUUCCAAAUAA